AUGAAAGCGAUGCGACAAUCCACGGGCCAGGGCAGCAGAUGGCAACUCAGACAAGGGCGCUUUGAAAUGAUGACGAAAUUCAGAAUUUAUAAUUGUUCAAGGCACUACAAUGAACGUCCUUGUACACUUCCAUCAGAUAUACUGUCCAUUAGCACUCCCACGUCACUCCGCGGACUCUGUCCUCUGUCCGCUCACAUAGAGAUGACCAGCCACCACGUCCAUCGCAAAGCUCCUUCAGUAGUAUCCCUGCGCGUAGUACUGCUGCUGAUACUGCUUCUUGUAUUCCUGCUGAUAUUUCUUGCAGACGAGCACCUUUUGGUACUGUUUGCACACUUGCUGAUAGUUCGCGCACUUCUGCCCGUACUGCUGACAAGCCUGUUCAUACUGAAGACACUUGCCUUGUCCAUAUUGGACGCAUUGGUUCUCGUACUGCACGCACUCCUGAAUCUUCUGGUACUGUGUUCCAUAUUGCGCACAUUUGUUUUUGUUCUCCUGAUACUGGACGCAGUACUGCUGCUUCUGACACACCUGCUUCACCGGCACUUCCUGCUUGUACCAGCGACGAUACCAGUACUGCUGCUGAACCACCUGCUCCUGCUGCUUGCACUGCUCCUUGUAUGCAAACUGGAUGCAUUCCUUCUCGUAUUGGACACAGACCUUCACUGGCUUCUCCACAGUCUGAUAGUUCUUGCACUGCUGCUGCUGCUGCACGCAAAUCUGCUCGUACUGCUUGCACUUCUGAUAUGGCUGAAGGCAUACAUUCUCAUACUGCUGGCAUUGGUUCACAUAUUGCGCACACACCUGCUCUACCUGGCACUGCUGCUUGUAUUCAUAUGCCUGAGCAAGCGAUGCAAACGCUGCUAG